GGGCGUGGUCCCUAAGCCCCGCCUCCACCAUAUUGCGUGGCUACAGCGCUAAUGCUAAGGCUUUGUCCUGUAGUGUACUCAGCUGUUGUGUAGAAGUGAAAACAACACAUUUAUCCACACGUAUUUUAAAUAACUCUCAACUAUGAGCAAAAGGAAAGCGCCACAGGAAACCCUCAACGAAGGAAUCACAGAUUUUCUCAUCGAGUUGGCCAAUUAUGAGAGAAACGUCAACAGAGCCAUCCAUAAAUACAAUGCUUACAGAAAAGCAGCAUCUGUGAUUGCCAAAUACCCUCAGAAGAUCAAAAGUGGGGCCGAAGCAAAGAAACUGGAUGGAGUUGGUGCAAAGAUAGCUGAGAAAAUCGAUGAGUUUUUAACGACGGGAAAACUGCGCAAGCUGGAGAAGAUUCGCAGUGACGACACAAGCUCCUCCAUCAACUUCUUAACCCGAGUGACUGGAAUCGGUCCUGCUGCAGCCAGGAAGUUUUAUGAUGAAGGCAUCAGGAACUUAGAAGAUCUGAAGAAGAUCGAGCACAAACUCAACCACCAUCAGCAGAUCGGGUUGAAGUACUUUGAAGAGUUUGAGAAGAGAAUCCCUCGUGUAGAAAUGCAGAAAAUGGAGGCUCUGAUACUGAAGGAGCUGGAUGUGGUGGACCCCGUGUACAUCGGCACCAUCUGCGGCAGCUACAGACGAGGAGCAGAGUCGAGUGGUGAUAUUGAUAUACUGCUGACCCAUCCGGACUUCACCUCUCAGUCUGAGAAACAGCCCAAACUCCUUCACGCUGUCGUGGAUCAUCUGGAGUCCAUCGGCUUCAUCACUGACACGCUUUCUAAAGGAGACACUAAGUUUAUGGGUGUGUGUCAGCUGAAGAAAGAAGAGGAAGAUGAAGAAGAGUAUUUUCACCGCCGUAUUGACAUCAGGCUUAUUCCUAAGGAUCAGUAUUACUGCGGUGUGCUGUACUUCACCGGCAGUGACAUAUUCAACAAGAACAUGAGGACUCGCGCGCUGGAGAAAGGCUUCACUCUCAACGAAUACACCAUCCGUCCACUCGGCGUCACUGGUGUGGCUGGAGAGCCUCUGCUGGUGGACAGUGAGAAGGACAUCUUUGACUACAUCCAGUGGAAAUACAAGGAACCAAAGGAGCGCAGCCAGUGAAACAAAGAUUGACAAAAUUCAGCCUCAAACUGUGUGUGUGCUGCUCAUUUAGGUCAUGUUACUGUUUUUUAAGAGUAGAAGAGACAUUUAGGGAGACUUAAUAAUUUUGUGUAUAAGUUUUAAAGUUGUGAAAGCAGCUACUAGUAGUAGUUGAUGGUGCUUUUUAAUAAUAAUGGUCAUGCAUAAUAUUUGGUUUUAAAACCAAGAAUGAAGUGACGGAGAGAAAUGAAGUCACAGGCAUGUCAAUAUUGUGACAACAGAUAUUUCAUUAUAAGAUCAUCAAUCUCUCAUAAGUAUAGCAGCAAGCAUAUCUUUACUUCAACAUACUCCACACUGGUAUGUAAGAAAGCAAACUAAAGAAAUAUAUGAAUGAUGAUUGUCUGUGGUUGUGUUAUUUAAAAUCUAUUAUGGUGUUAUUGGGAUAUUUUUAUUUAUAUAAUAGUUUACCAUAAUAUGACAAAAGAUUCUUGAAGUUUGUGUGAAAAUUUGGAUUCUGCAUUAAAAAUCCCACAAAUCA